CCGAGAAUCUGAACCAAAUAAAGCAUAAGCAUAUCCAAUCACGGAGGUCCUAGCUAGAAGAUCAACGGCAUACCCUGGUAGGGACACCGGAGGAGCAUCAGCUCAAGAAUCCUCAAGCACGUGGUGUCGUCGUCGACCACUAGAACCCUCAAGCCUGCUGGAAACCGAUCGGGAAUUGCCAUUUCAAUGGCGGCAGGCGGUGAACAAAAAUGAUCAGACAGAAUGAAUCAGACGAAUCUGAUGAUGAUGGUGGCGGCGAGAGAGGAAAGGAGAUUCAAGGAGGAGAGAUCGAGGGAGGAGAGAUCUAGAGAGGGGAGAGUUGAGUGAAUUGGCAAUCUCGGACAAGAAUAAGAGAGAGAGAGAGGGAGAGAGGGAGAGUUGAGUGAUAGAUGGUUGAGAUUUAAUCAGGGUGGGUGAUAGAGGGUGAUGAUGGAGUCCUGUACCCUUCUGCCCAUCCUUAUUUCCUGCCACAAAUAAAUGCACAUUUUGAGCUGCAAAAAGAAAAUGGCAUUUCUGAAAUUGUCUGCAAAACCAAGGGCGUUAUAAAGACCAGACCCAGCAGCCAAGAUAAGGUUGUUAGGAUAACGGAACUACAAUAAUACUCACUCGGAAGCGCAGUGAACGAUGGAGUUGGCUGUGCGCCAAAUAUCAUUAUCUUCCCUUCCUAAGAUCAAUGUAAAGCCACGAGAGCAAAGAAGAAGACAAUCAUCAUUGGUAUCUUCUGCCCUACCUGAAACAGUGGCUUCAAUAGCGAUUGCUGCUACAGUCGUUGGUACAGCAGCUGCGGUUCUUGCAAAGAGAACCAAAGCUGCUGAAGAAGCUGAGGUUCCUAUGAAAAUAUGUGAAGCCUGUCGUGGUUCUGGUAUAUGUCCUGAAUGCAAAGGCGAAGGCUUUGUACUCAAGAAACUCUCUGACGAAAGUGCUGAGAGGGCAAGAAUGGCUUCUAAGAAUAUGGCCACUCGAUACACAGCAGGGCUUCCAAAGAAAUGGAGCUAUUGCACAAAAUGCUCUUCUGCGCGAUCAUGCCUUGCCUGCAGUGGCCGUGGAAAGAUAGCUUUGCUUUAACCAUCUUUGCGCUUUGAAUAGAGGAGACUACUUAGUGAUGAGCAUGUAAAAGAAAAUUCGUCUUGUAGGGCGCUUGUACUUUGGAAGAUUUGAAGUGUUCUCUUUUGUUUUGUUUUCUUUAGUUGCGGAAAUUUCUUGUAUAUCAAGUAACGGGUGGUGUAUAUAUUCUUUUGUAAUAUAUUUACCCCAUAUAUUUGUACUAUCACACAAACAUCCGAAUUUUAGUCACUUCUAUCGAUACCAUAGAAAAAGUCACUUGAAUAUAUUGAUGAAGGAAAUAAUUUA